CAAUUGACACUGUUAUAUUAAUUGAUUCUAAGAUGGUUCUACAUAAUCGAACAGGAGUAUCUGUAUCUGGGUAUCUGGUUUACAACUACAACCACAAUAUUACAACUACAGUAUAAUAUUAUCUGAAUUUAAUAACAAUAUCUUUUUUAUCUAGUCUUUCUAUAUUCUAUGAAUUCAAUUCUUCAAUUCUUCAUUCUUACUCUCCUAUCUGAUGCCACAUGAUAUACAGAUCAUCACCCCUGAUUGGCCGCCCACAAUUCAGCCCCACCCGAAAGAAGCAGCAAAAAAGAGUCCAGCAACUCAUUGCAUCCCCAUCUUCGCAUCACGACAGCCAUCGCGAGAGCAAGAGAAUGGCGUGACUGACCACUCUGGCUUGCAAAAAGUCAUCCUUCACCCUGCCAGCCAUGCAAUAUGAGCAAGCGUCCUUUCGAGGAGUCAUUAUCCCAUGGUGGCUCAGCGCUUCCGUUGCAGCCACCAGAGCCUAUCGAUAACGGCCAUCACAAUGGGCUGUUGCCCAUCCACGACCUUCUCUCCCCUAGCGACGAGCAGCAGCAGUCGGCUGGCUCUUCCAAGAAGCCGCGCAAUUUCAUUGCCACCGUGGCAUGUGAAACUUGUCGUCUCAAAAAGACAAGAUGUGACGAGUCGCGUCCUAAAUGUGGGCUUUGCAAGUCCCAGGGCUUGGAGUGUGUCUACAAUGAGCGCAAAUCUUCCAAACGAGACCAGUCUCUCAGCCUGAUUAUGAGCACUCUUCAUCGACUCGAGACAAAAUUAGAGAGUCUUCCAUCUACAAUCGCCAAUGAUGUGCAAAUAAAUAAUGAGCAAUUGCUGCGUGCUCUUGAUGAAUCCAGAGAGACUAACCCCCCAACCUAUAGCAGCAACAAUUAUGAUAACAACAAGCGAGCAUCCUUGAAUAAUCCGCCCCAAGACUUCACACCUGAAAUGGGAGAGCCUGACGAUUUUGAAUUCGAUGAGCAUCAAGAAACUACCAACGCAAAUGGACACAUAUCCAUCUCAUUCAGCCAGCAUGGUGUAAUUCUCUGGCCUGGAGCGCGAGAGGUCCUUCCGGAAAGGCUACUUGAAGCCCACGAGAGACUGGGGAAGAACUACGUUAUUGAUCUCGAAAUGAAACGCCCCCCUCUGCCUAUGUAUAUCUGUCCAUUUCCUCCACAGUCUGGGGAUGGAUGGCUAGAGGCACUUCCCCUGGCGAUGAUCAAGGGUCUUUCAGAUGCAUUUUUCACCACUUUCAACCCAUUCACGCCUAUCAUGGACAAGAACUUUUACUUUUCGCUCACCCUCGGUGCGGCAAUUGAGAAUGGGUUCGGAUAUACCGUGGAGAGCUGUAUAGCUCUAAAUGUCAUGGCCUUGGGCUGUCUGGCUGUUCAGACCCAUCGAGAGGGGAACUAUCCUUUACCAGGUACUCGAAGCGGUCGAUUUGAACCCCCAGAUUGGAUGAGUGUGGUUCACGAGGAGCCAUCAGGUCUACGUUUCUUUAAUGAAGCCCGUCGGCGUAUUGGUUUCUUAAUGUGCGGCAAUGAUCUCCAAAGCUGCCAGUUUUACAUGCUGUCCUCCGUAUACUACAGCCAGAUCCUCCGGCCAAUGGACUCGUGGGCAAUGAUCCAUCGCGCUGCUACCUGUUGUCUUUCGAUGCUCACCAACCACAAUGUAAAUUUCGACGAAUGGGAGGGCGAUAUGAAAUCCCGUGUGUACUGGAACUGUCUAAUGAACGAAACCAUUCUCGUGCAAGAACUACACCUGCCUCCGAGCGGACUUGCUCGUCUUGAGGAAUACGUCCCCAUUCCAAAAUUCAUUGGCUUCGAGACGACAGCCUUUGUCUCGGCCAGAAUAUCCUCAUCCGACGAGAUCGAUGAUUCGUUCUUCCAGUACCAUUUCCUCGCGCAGGUCGCGCAUCGUAUCAUCCUAACCCGCAUCCGUCACUCUUUGUACUUUUACUCCGACUCGGGAACGUUCCCCCUCCCUGCUAUCAAUGCCGAGCUACACCACCAGCUAGAACAAUGGCGCAUCAACCUCCCUGCAGCCCUCCAAUUCACUGAACCCCUCCCAGCCACCCCGGCAACAGACGUCAAUCCCUCCCCAGCACCCCUCUCCCCUCUCCCCAUCGACCCUCAUCGUCCCCUGUCCCCCGCAACCGCAGUCACUGAAGCCAUGCUCCGUGGCCGCUUCCUAAUCGCCAAAUUCCACAUCGGCCGUCCAUACCUCUACAAAGCCCUCCGUAUCCCAGCUUCCCUCUCCGACGACGACCUAGACCAGGUCAAAAGUGGCCUCCAAAACGCCAUGGGCUGGCCUGUCGUCGGUGGCAUCUUCCGAAAAAUGAAAAGCUGCAUUCCCAUCAAGUUUGCCUUUUGUUCACAAUUCUUCGGCCAAAUCCUUCUCUUCUAUUGUAUUUCCCACUCCCCCAAUCCCCGACUCAGAGAUACCCUCCCCGCAGGCUGGGAACGUUGGAAUGACGAAAUGCUGCGGUUCCUGGAGGACUGCGCCCCGUAUAGUCCGGCUGUUGCGCAAGAUCUAGACCUAUUGCGACUUUUGUAACUUACCUACUACCUACCUACCUUCCUAUCUCUAUUGUCUAUUAAGGGUGGUUCGUUUCUGUUUUUAUAUAUACCUAAUACAUAUCGCGUACACUGCAUCGCUGUUAGAUGCUGUAUCUAUAUUUACUAUUGAAUGAGGCUGUAUUUAGUUAUCUGGUAUACAUUGUAUCAAACCAAGCCCUAGGGAAUAAUAUAAAUACGUAAGAUUCCUAUACUAGAAGAGAAACCGCAAA